AUGGACGCUCAUACUGUGGAGGGACGAGGGAGUGUCAGAGGUGGGGCCAACGGCGGUCAUGACUUCACCGCCGGACCAUGCGGACUUCCCCACAUCUCUCUCUCUGGCUGGCGGAAUCAACUCCAAACCACUCGACUCUCAGACCAAGCAGAUGCUUGGCAUUGCCAUUUACAAAGAACCCGUCGAGAGAACACGCACUGGAAGCUCAGUCUGCAGGAGAAACCCAACAUGGUCACCAUCUUCCUCGCCUACACCGCGCCAGUCAACCCGGCGGGCACCACCCAGGUCCUCACCCACGCGCAGGUCUGGGCGGGCUUCCAGCGCAAGAUCCGCCGCCCGUACGAAUUCGUCCCCGCAAUCGAGUCCGCCGAGGUCAUCUCGGAGAAAGAAAACUCCCUCAAACGUGAGGUCGUCUUCAAGGCCGGCGCCGGGCCGGCCGGUAAGGUCAAGGAGGUCUGCAUCAGCCACGCUCCCUGCCGCGUCGACUACCUCCUCGACAACGGCAGCAAGGUCAUGAACAUCAUCGGUGCCGGGCCCAGCGGGGACCCUUCUGAUCUCUUUGUCACCUAUGCCUUUGAGUGGAAGCACGACGACAUUGCCGAAGGGAGCGCCGAGGCGAAGGAGAAGGAGGCCAUGCAUCAGAAGGUGAGAUCUGGUCACACCCGACUUCUACGAAAAUGGAUAUCUGACAAUUCACAGACCGCAAAGUUAGCUGUCGACACGAGCAUUGCCACCACGCGCAAGCUCGUCAGCGCUGGCGAGAUUCAGUGA